AUGGCCGCGUUCUCCAUGGAUUUCCCUGCUUCUCAGCACACUGUCCGCGUCCGACUGAUCAACACCACGGCAGUCAUGACGAUCAAGGCUGAGUUGUUCAUCAGGCCCGUUCAGAAAGGCCAGGAGUCGUUGAAUGUCACGAGCGCCGCAUUCCUGAUCGAGCACGAAGCUUCCAACCGAAAAAUCAUGUUCGACUUGGGCGUGCGCAAGGAUUAUUGGAAUCUUUCUCCGGCCGUUCAGAAACGUCUGGGGACCGUCAUUACGAGUCUGAAAGUCGACACCGACACGCCCACAAUUCUCCAGGACAACGGUAUCGGUCUAGAUUCAAUAUCAUCUGUCGUGUUCUCCCAUUACCAUUGGGAUCACGUUGGCGACAUGUCUUUAUUCCCGUCGUCGACCGAGAUCGUGGUUGGACCGGGUUUCAAGGCCUCACCUGUCAUCCUUCCAGGUCACCCUGAGAAACCUGACUCAUUCUUGAACUCGUCGGAUUUUGCAGGUCGUCAUUUGAAUGAGAUUGACUUCGGGGAUGCAGGCUUACGGAUUGGUGGUUUUCGGGCUCAUGACUUCUUCGGUGAUGGCUCUUUCUAUCUGUUGGACUCACCUGGCCACUGUGUAGGCCAUAUGUGCGGUCUGGCUCGGACGACGGGAGGCGACGAUAGCACUUUCGUCCUGAUGGGCGGCGACAUCUGUCACUUUAUCGGGGACAUUAGACCGAGCAAAGCAUUUCCCAUGCCAAACCCACUACCACCUGGUGUACUUGAUGGCGACCUUCCCACACCGUGCCCAUGCACCUUCUUCACCGAUCAUCACCCGCAAGGUCUCGAAGAAGCGGGACAGGAUGAACGGAGAAGCACGCCGUUCUAUCUCGUCUCCGAAUCCACGGCAUCAUAUGCUGACCCCAAAACGGCCCAGGUGUCAGUCGACAAACUCCUCAAAUUUGAGCAAUCAUCAAACGUUCUCAUCUGCAUUGCACACGACGGUGCACUGCUGAAAUACCUACCGACGCUCAAUUCGGAUCCGAGCGCAGACAUGAACGACUGGCACCAGCGCGGGUGGAAGGAGAGAUGUAGAUGGGAGUGGUUGAAUGAGCUACCGCGUAGCGGGAAGCCCGGUAGACCAGCCCAUGUGGAAGGAUUCUGGCGAGACGGCAAAAAAUGGGACAGACCCCAACCAACAUGA